AUGAGUCGAGCGAGCGAAUUUUAUUUUUUUAUCCGUCCAUCACGUGUUCUCCUUUCUGAGCCUUCAAUUCGACGUCUUCUCGAGUGUUGUUGCAUUGAGGCUCUUCUGGUUGUCCGAGUUGAAGUUGUUUCUCGAGAAGCAUUUAACUCAUCAGCCGACACACAUUUUCGAAUUGGCGGUUGCUCGGCGUUCCAGUUUUACAUUGAGCUGCAGCAGGACGAGGCAGUUCUUUAUUCGGCAUCUUUGGCAGCUUUGCUUAGCGUUUCGCAAGAAACGGCCUCGGUUUCGGCGCGAUCUUCUCUUCCUAUGGCUGCACAUGGCAGGCUGUGUGGAGAACGACUAAUGCCGACGAAGUGUCUUCUGCAACUGCGAGCUUUUUCCUUCAACAAAUCCAUUUUGAGCGUUGAGUACUGGAAGAUUUGGGCAUUUGUUCUUCGA